CCACGUAUCUUUGGGGGGGCCGUACACCCCCGUUUCUCCUGCCACAAACCCCUGUUAGGCGGGAUAAAAAAGCACCUGGUCAACCCUGCAGCUGCACCAUGACCCCUCCAGUGCUCCCGUUUCUCUGUUUCUUCCUUUUUUCCUCCAUCCACACUUCCCUUCUGCGUUCCCAUUCCUUGCUCUCGUGGACUCUGGAGCAUCUCCGUGUCCUCCUGGGUUCGGGAAGCACGGUCCUAGCAACGUCGGCGUUACCUGCCCGCGGCUUUGGUCGACCGGCUGUCUCAGCUGUGUCGAAAGGAGAGAUCACGGACGGGAAACAAGAAUCCGGACGUCGUACCAGGAUUUCUUUUGUUGCUAAAACAGUGUCGUUAAAGCGGAAGAUGUUAACGCUCUGCCCUGCGUUUUGCUAUUUAUACUGCCUGGCCCAGUUUAGAGAGAUCCCGCAGGCAAGGAAAGCAGUUUUAUGUUCUUCUGGGGGCUGUUUCUCAUCCGUUUCCCUGGCUCUUUCGCCCUGCCUGACGCUGAGCUGCCGCGAUGGGGUUCGAACACGCCGGGGGAUGUCUGUUUAAAACGAGCUCUCUUUACAUCUGUCUUUUCUUCCCGCCUGGCUUAAACGACUGGCUGCAUUUUUGCCGUCGGUCUUAAAGUCUGUCUCCCUGGCCUUUGGGGCAUGUCGGACCUGCCAAAAAUCCUUUUCUUUUCAAUAACCAAACCAAUACGUCCCACGGGAUGAAGCGGAUUACUAACCAGCCUGGAAUGUGGAGUUAAUCCCAUCACCAGCCAGGUAUCCUGCAGACUUUUUGGGCUUGGAUAGUCUCUGUUUAAUGCAAACGGUUGCUCAGACUUGUUCCUUGCGAAGCUGGAAAACACCCAGGUGGAAACACUUGUAGGCGAACGCUGGGAAUGCAGAAGGCACCGCAGGGCGCCGGGAAAGCAGCCAGCUGGUGGAGCGAGGCAGGACCUCCCCUUUGCUCCUUCCCAGUGCUCUCGUGGCACUGGGACUGGUCUUCCUUCCCUUUAGCGGGGCAGAAUUACAGAUCCUUAAGUCCGAGCCUUGGAAAACUAUAAUAAUCGUGGCUGAAGGUGGCGUCAUUUAUUUACCAGCUGCCCUGGGGGGGAGUCCUGGGCCGGAGGGGACUUCCAGGCUCUUUUGCAGUGGGGUGUGCGAGGCCUGGCUGCAUUGGGGUUGCAGAAGAGAGCAGGAGGGACACCCCUAUGUCUGCCCACGUGGACAUACAAAUGAGUUCACCAUUUAAGAGAGAGGUUUUGAUGCCGUCCCCGCUCCCGCUGGGCGUCCCAGGCACGGUCGGCGCACAGAGCUGGCAGCGGACUUCACCGUCGUGACCCCACUGACCGCAACGGAGGCUGCGAGGGUCAAAUGUGUUUGCUGUGAUGUUUUAUAACCCCGGUGGUUACUUUGCCUUUGCUGUGUUAAGCCCUGAAGGCUGGGCUGAGACCUGUACUUAUGCUGGCUUUCACCUUCCUCUGCAGGUAGCGCACCCUGCAAUUGUGCUAGUCACGGUGUGGACGGACAUUAGAGAUACUCUGGCGUUGAAGCACAGAGGUAGACGGUGCCGCCAGCGGUAGGGAUCUAGCACGGGCGCUGUCAGUGUGACCCAUUCAGGGUGCAAGUUGCUGUGAUUUAUCUCCCGUCUUUUGCUUGAGGAGCAUGCGGAGGUAGCAGUCGGGCCCCGGCGGUGGGUGCGCAAACCACCUCUCCCUUUUAAAGCAGUGGCAAGUUGCAUCCGCCUAUAGCUGCAGCAUAUCGGGACGCAGCCCUUGGUUUGCUUCUCUUUCGAUUGUGGCCACUUCCCGCUCCGGCUUGAUCCCAGUCUCAUCGUGCCUCGAGGCGCUUGUGCCAGUAAAGUAAAUAAGACUUUGCCCCCAUGUAAGCACCUGGUUGAUGUUUGCCCGCUUCCUCCUGCCUUGCUGGCGCUUUCCCUGCAGCAAAAUUGCCCAGGUGUUGCCAUCCUCUGUCUGUCGGGGUUUCCUGCCCGCUCCAGCUCACGUCUAUGAGAAGCGGCUGGGUGUCGUGCUGCCUAUUCAAGGCCUCUCUGUCCUCCCUGUGCAGAUAGCAGCAGGCUGAUGAGAAACCAGCAACCGGGCUAUGGGGCGCUACUGCAAGUCCCGGAUAAAUCCUGCAUGGAAGUCAGCGGGUACCAGAGCAGAACAUGGAAGGUCGUCCUGUGCCACCUCUUGUCCGUGCUGACGGCUGGGCUCCUCCUGAUCGUCUUCCACUGGAAGCCGAGCCUCGAAGUCCGAGCGAAGUGCAGGCCUUGCCCUCUUAGCCAAGCCGAUUGGGUCAUAAUCCAGGACGGGUUUGGACAGUGCUUCACCACGCGGGUGCAGACGGAGGAGAUUGGGGACGGCCGGGAAGCUGGGCUCCUGCGCUACGGACAAAGCCUGGAGCAGCAUCCUGGGACCAGACCCGACGAUGGGAGAGCCAGCGUCGCGGUGGGCGUGACGGAUGAGGACGACGGCAGGGACACCAUCCAGCUCCACAAGAAGGAGGAGAAGAACAUCCUGCGCUACUACCUCUUCGAAGGGUCGCGCUACGUCUGGCUGGAAAGGCAGCAAGCCUACUGCAAGGUCAGCAUCUUGGAUGAGGGCUGGACCUGCGCAGACAUCCGUCUCUCCCAGGCUGGGCUCACGCAGCAAGAUCACAACACAAAGAGAAAGAUCUACGGGCCGAACCUAAUCGACGUGCCGGUCAAAUCCUACCUCCGGCUGCUGGUGGAUGAGGUGCUGAAUCCCUUCUACAUCUUCCAGAUUUUCAGCAUUGUGCUGUGGAUCUGCGACACGUAUUACUACUACGCUGCCUGCAUAUUCGUCAUCUCUGCCAUCUCCAUUGGGCUUUCUCUCUAUGAGACCCGAAAGCAAAGCAAGACCCUGCAGAACAUGGUGAAGAUGGCGAUCAGCGUGAGAGUCCGCCGCCCCAGCGGAGGGGAAGCGAUGGUGAGCUCAGAGGACCUGGUGCCUGGCGACUGCAUUAGUCUCCCCUGCGACGGGCUUCUCGUCCCCUGCGAUGCCGCGCUGCUCACUGGCGAGUGCAUGGUCAACGAGAGCAUGCUGACAGGGGAGAGCGUCCCGGUGAUGAAGACCCCUUUACCAGAUGGGCCUCAAGCCAUCAACCUGAUCUACUCCCCCGAAGAGCACAAACGGCACACGCUCUUCUGUGGGACGCAGGUGCUUCAAGCCAAGUCCUAUGUGGGCCAGGACGUCCUGGCUGUGGUGACCCGCACAGGCUUCUGCACAGCGAAAGGGGACCUGAUCAGCUCCAUCCUCUAUCCCAAGCCCCUGAGUUUCAAGUUCUACAAGGAUGCUAUGAAGUUUGUUCUCUUCCUUGCCGUUCUGGCUCUUAUUGGGACCAUAUACAGCAUCUUGAUUUUGAUUAGAAACAAGGUCGCCCUCGGGCAAAUCAUCAUCCGUGCCCUGGACCUCAUCACCGUCAUCGUGCCCCCGGCGCUUCCCGCCGCAAUGACCGUGGGCACCAUCUACGCCCAGAACCGGCUGAAGAAGCACGGCAUCUUCUGCGUCAGCCCGCCCCGGAUCAACCUGUGUGGCAAGAUCCACCUGGUCUGCUUCGACAAGACAGGGACCCUCACGGAGGAUGGCUUGGAUGUCUGGGGUGUCGUUCCCCUGGAGAACAGCUGCUUCCUCCCUCUCAUCCAAGAGCCCCGCUGCCUGCCCGACGGCCCGUUGCUGUACUCGCUGUCGACCUGCCACGCUGUGUCUCUGCUGAGGGAGCAGCCCAUCGGAGACCCGGUGGACCUGAAGAUGAUGGAGUCUACUGGCUGGAUCCUGGAGAAGGCAGAAGGGGAAGAGGCUGACCUGCACGCCGUCCAGCAGUUUGGGACGAAGGUCCUAGCAGUGAUGAAGCCCCCGCCUGUGGAGGAGCAGCCCCAUGGCACGAAGCACCAGGUGCCAGUCGGGAUCCUCCGUCGCUUCCCCUUCUCCUCCUCCCUGCAACGGAUGAGCGUGGUGGUGAAGCUGCCCGGAGAUGCCCCUGCUGAAGCCUAUGCAAAAGGGGCUCCGGAGAUGGUGGCCAGCCUCUGCAACAAGGAAACAGUCCCGGGGGAUUUCUCCCAGAUGCUACGACACUACACAACCGAUGGCUUCCGGGUCCUGGCGCUCGCCUACAAACCUCUUGCUCCAGUCAAAACCUUUGAGGACGCCCAGCAGCUGACAAGGGACGCUGUAGAGAGCGGAUUGACCCUCCUCGGCUUCCUGGUGAUGAAGAACGUGCUCAAGGCAGAGACCGCUCCUGUGAUCCACCUGCUCAGGAAAGCCAGCCUCCGCCCCGUGAUGGUGACGGGGGACAACAUGCUGACGGCGGUGAACGUAGCCAAGAGCUGCCGGAUGGUGGAGCCUAAGGAGCGGGUGGUCUUUGUGAACGGCUCUCCUCCCGACCACGACAGACCUGCCGCCCUGAAGUUCAGUCUAGCCGAGCAAGCCCCGGGGCAGGAGCUUGCAGAGGGCCCGUACCAGCAGGAGGGCUGUCUCCUCAGGCAGCUGCCGAGCCACUUGGCGCUGAAUGGGAAAUCCUUUGCGGUGGUCUGCGAACACUUCCCCGACCUGCUGCCAAAGAUCCUGGUUCAGGCGACAGUCUUUGCUCGCAUGUCUCCGGACCAAAAAACUCGGCUGGUUCGCUGCUUACAAGACCUAAACUACUGCGUGGGGAUGUGUGGAGACGGUGCCAACGACUGCGGGGCGCUGAAGGCCGCUGACGUGGGGAUCUCGCUGUCCGAGGCGGAGGCCUCUGUGGCGUCGCCGUUCACCUCCCAAAUUCCCAACAUCGAAUGCGUUCCUCUGGUCAUACGGGAAGGCAGGUGCUCUCUGGUCACGUCCUUUGGGGUUUUUAAGUACAUGGCCCUGUACAGCCUGGUGCAGUUUGUGUCAGUGCUGCUGCUCUACACGAUCAACACCAACCUGAGCGACUUGCAGUUCCUCUUCUUCGACCUGAUCAUCACAACGACCGUGGCGGUGCUGAUGGGUAAGACCGGCCCAGCGCAGGAGCUGGGCACGCAGCGUCCCCAAGGGGCACUGAUCAGCGUCCUCGUGCUGGGCAGCCUCCUGCUCCAGACAGCCCUGCUCAUCAUCGUGCAAGUCGUGAGCUACUUCAUCACUGUCUCCCAGACCUGGUACGUCCCGCUGAACAGCACGGUGACGGCCCCGCAGAACCUGCCCAACUAUGAGAACACGGUCGUCUUCUGCAUCUCGGGCUUCCAGUACCUGACCCUCGCCGUGGCCAUGUCCAAGGGAUACCCCUUCAGGAAGCCGCUCUACACCAACGUCCCGUUCCUGCUUGCCCUCGUCAUCCUCUUCGGCCUGAUGAUCGGGGUGACGGUUUACCCGCUGGGCUUCGUGAAAUCCCUGCUGAUGCUGAAGGACACGAGCGACAUGAACUUCAAGCUGCUUCUGGUGGGCAUGGCCACGCUCAACUUCUUCGUGGCGUUCACGCUGGAGACGGGCCUGGACCACGGCAUGCUCGACUGGGUGCGGAAGCUGCGGCGGAAGAAAACCUCCAAAAAGCUGUUCAAGAGGGUGGAGGAGGAGUUGAGGCAGCAGCAGCCACCGUGGCCACCCCUGGACCAGCCACUCCUCGCCACCCCCAGGAUGUCCAUCGCUGUGAGAUAGCCCCGUGCCCGCGUGGGCCCUGCUCGCUGCACCCUCCUGCUGCCGCGGGAGGAGAGGGGGGAAGCUCCAGGAGUCCAGCACCUCCGGACACACGUGGGUUUAUUUAUUGUUCCAUGCUGCGCACUGCCCUCUUCUCCCCUCAACUCGGGUCACAGCCGGGAGCCACGAUGCGCCGCUCCGGCGGGAGACCUCAUGCUCCGGGGUUGCUCGAGAGGCGUCCGUCUCGGAGGAUGGACGUGGGUGGCAGAGGUCAUCUUCCCCCAUGGGGAAUCCCUCAGCAGAACCGCUGCCCUCCCUGCAGGAGACCUGUUGCGCAUUGUGGGGUUUGAUGCCAGCUGGGAGGAAACCACAGCUCCACCCGGGCCCAGGUAUCUGAGGAUCGGCAGGGAGAGAAGGAAGCUGGAAGACGACCUGCCUGGGGCCACCCUUUGCUGCUGCUCUUGUGGUUUGGUGGCUGUGCCAGUAAGACCAGGCAGUACUUCCCGCGAGGUCGGUCACCCCGGGGACCAUUCCCUUUGUCUCGCUCCGAGGUGCUCAGGCCCACAGCUGCGUGAUUCACCCAUCGGUGGGCAUGGAGCCAUCCUCGUAUGGAGAAGUCCUCGCUGCCCGUCUGCACCUGGCACGCAGGACAGGGCUAGUAUUUCCCCGGAGGGCGCUUCCUGCCUCGUGCCCUCCAUGAGAUGGGCUCCAGGACGUUGGCUGCUGUCAGCAUGAGCAUGGGCACAGGGAGACUGUGGGACCUGUUUACAAACCAGAGUGCCACCUGGCAUGUGGUGUGCUGCUUCCAGCCUUUCUGGACGCCAGGUGUGGCCGGCUGCUGUCAUGUUCCAGGAUGGGGUUAUAAAUACCAUCUCGUCAUCCAUUUUUUGGCCUUCUGUUCAUUGCAACAGCUAGAAUUGUAGUGACCCCAUGCAGCCUCUCACCCUGGGCUACCUCGCCCAUCCCAGCCAAACCCUGCCUCCCCUCUGCCACAACGGGAAGUCGUUGUUCCCUCUCUAGCGGGCUCCUUGAGAAGCCAGAAGCAAGCCUGUCCCAAGCCAGGAUCUGUGCACUGGUACCACUGAUGAUCCUUCCUCCAGGACCCUACCGAUAUGUCUGCAGAGCGCCGUCAUUUCAGCGGACGCUUUGUUGAAUGAGAGAUCUAUUUUUGCCCGGAAACAGAUAGAAGUGCAUGCAUACAGAGAGAUCUUGCAAGUCCUCCAUUUCUCCGUGGUGGCGUUUGCGCGUGUGCCUCUAAUAAAUCAGCAUUAUUUUCUUGAAA